CAUGUCCGAGUGAUAAUGUAUUCAAUUAUGACUGCAGCCAUGUUUAUCACUAUCUUCGGAAACUUGGUUAUAAUGAUCUCCAUAUCACAUUUCAAACAGCUUCACUCUCCCACAAACUUUCUGAUCCUCUCCAUGGCAACCACCGACUUCCUUCUGGGUUUUGUCAUCAUGCCAUACAGCAUGGUGCGAUCAGUGGAGAGCUGCUGGUAUUUUGGGGAUGGCUUUUGUAAACUCCAUGCAAGCUUUGACAUGAUGCUUAGCCUAACCUCCAUUUUCCACCUCUGUUCCAUUGCUAUUGAUCGAUUUUAUGCCGUGUGUUACCCUUUACAUUAUGCGACCACAAUGACCACCUCCAUGAUAAAGCGACUGUUAGCAUUUUGCUGGUCGGCACCUGCUCUUUUUUCAUUCAGUUUAGUUCUAUCCGAGGCCAACGUUGCCGGUAUGCAGAGCUACGAGAUUCUUGUUGCUUGUUUCCAUUUCUGUGCACUUACGUUCAACAAAUUUUGGGGGACGAUAUUGUUCACUACAUGUUUCUUUACUCCUGGCUCCAUCAUGGUUGGUAUUUAUGGCAAAAUCUUUCUUGUUUCCAAACGACAUGCUCAAGUUAUCAGCAACAUGCCUGAAAACACAAAGGUGGAAGUGAAAAAAAACUUAUCUAAGAAAAAGGACAGGAAAGCAGCUAAGACCCUGGGAAUAGUAAUGGGGGUGUUUUUAGCAUGCUGGCUGCCUUGCUUUCUUGCUGUCUUGAUAGACCCAUACUUAGACUAUUCCACUCCCAUAAUAGUACUUGACCUUUUAGUGUGGCUUGGGUACUUCAACUCUACUUGCAACCCCCUCAUUCAUGGGUUUUUUUACCCAUGGUUUCGGAAAGCCCUUAAGUACAUAUUGUCAGGCAAAAUAUUUAGCUCUCACUCAGGAACUGCAAACCUAUUUCCUGAGGCACAUUAA